UAAUCGAAUUUGUUACAUCAGAAAACCCUUAGAAAAAGUUAGAAGUUAAAACAACAUGAGUCCAUUUUGUCCUACCCAUCUGUGCUCCCAAAGCUUGGCAAUAAGCGAAACUAUAUAUAAAGGACUAAUACUCUGAUGAUCUGCAUAAGCCGUUCCAAGCUACUAUUUUCCGAUAUAUAUAUGCAAUGGAAGUUGAGCUCAUUGAUCACCCAUUCAACCCCAGCUACGACCUCUAUGACUGUAGCUUUGAAUCUGAUUCUUCCUUCCAAACAUCAGAUUUAUUUACUCCUUGUACCACCAAUGUCGAUCAAAACUCGAACCACGAGUGCCUCAACAGAUUGCUCCAAAUAGAAUCACAGCUCAUGGACAUAGACUCGUCUAUCAGCAGUGGAAGUGAUGUAAUCGGUCUUGAUGGUGUUGUUGAUAGUGAAUUCGCUUCUUACAUGAGUGAAGAAGCACCAGAAAAUGUCCAUGUUUCGACAGAAGGCAAUUCCCUUUUGAAGGAGAUUCAGAUAGAUUUGCUGGAAGAGAGCUGCUUAACUGAACUUUUAUUCGCAGGAGCUGAAGCUGUUGAGGCACAGAACUGGGUUUUUGCUUCAAAUAUAAUCGCAAAGCUCAACACUCUUCUAUCCGGUAGCGAAAAUGGAGACAACUCGUUCAACAAAUUGGCCACGUUCUUCACUCAAGGUCUUCAUUACAAGACCAUUAACUCUAUUGAAGUUCCCCAUGAGCCAGCUGUUUCUAGAAACACAGACACAAUGUCUUCAUUUCAGAUGCUCCAAGAGCUCUCUCCUUUUGUUAAGUUUGCGCAUUUCACUGCCAACCAAGCGAUUCUCGAGGCCACACAAGAGGAUGAGGACAUUCAUGUCAUUGACUUUGACAUCAUGGAGGGUAGCCAGUGGCCUUCAUUGAUGGUUGACCUUGCAAUGAGGAAAGGUCGUCGCUGUGCUUCUCUCAAGGUAACCGCCAUCACAGUUGACCAGCAAAGCGCCGCUCUUGCUCAACAAACUGGAAGAAGGCUUAAAGAGUUCUCAGAGUCUAUCAAUUUGUUAUUUAUUUUUGAUCAGAUGAUGAUGGCCACAGAAGAAGAUUUUGCUAAAAUCGAAGUUGUUGCUGAUGCAGUAGUAGCCAAUUGCAUGAUUCACCAGCUUCACAUGCCUAACAGAAGUAUCUCAAUAGUGAAGGCCUUCUUGGGUGGCAUGAGCAAAUUAUCACCUAAACUCAUUGUCCUAGUACAAGAAGAGUUGUUCAACUUUUCCAAAAUGCCAUCAAUGGUCUUUGCAGAGUUCUUCUCGGAGGCUCUCCAUCACUACAAUUCGCUUUGCCACUCUCUUGUAACUAGUUUUAGUGGUGAGUAUAAAAUGGGGUUAAGACAGAUAGAGAAAGAGGUUUUGGGGAUCAAGAUUUUAGAAAGUGUCAGGCAGUUCCCAUGUGAGAAGGAGGAUAGAAUGUUGUGGGAAGAUUGUUUUGCUUCGUUGAAGGGCUUCAAGUCUAUCCCUUUAAGUUCUUGUAAUGUUUCUCAAGCAAAAUACUUGGUGAGUCUUUUCAAUAGGGGAUAUUGGGUGCAGCAUGAGAAGGGCAGGUUAGCUUUGUGUUGGAAAUCAAGACCUUUGACAACAGCUUCCAUUUGGGUGCCCUUAACUUACAAAAUCAAGGAAAACUAUGUCAACCCCUUUUGAUUUGUGUUGCUAAACUUGUGCAAGGUUUGUAAUUUUGUAUUGGUGCCUAAAACUGCCACUAGUCCCCCUUUUUCUUUCUACGCUGUUAUAUUGCACUGCAUUUUAGCUCCUGUGACAGAAGCAUGGUGGGGUGGCGGAGGCAAAAAUCAAAUACUGAGUUAAUCAUAUUAUUUCAUUCAACCGUCGUAGCUUUAAUUUCGAUCCUACCUAUUCCUGAAGGUUCCUGAUCAUCCUCUCUAUUCCUUUAAUUUCUUGACUUUUUAUUUUUGUUUUUAAU